AUGCCCCUAGUCUCUUCACUUCCCUCAACUCCACUCUCUCUAUAUCUUUGUAAACUGCCCACUUCCUACGAUAAAACUCUCAUUUUGCAGCCAUUAAACCUCUGAAAACUGAAAAAAUGGCGUCUGAGUACAGUUUUCUACUUGUUCCUUCAACUGGUGUGUUGAACUUUGAGGUUUUUCUUUGUGUUCUUGCAUUUCUUGCUUUAUUUGCCUUCUGGCUGACCCCGGGUGGGCUUGCAUGGGCAAUUUCUAAGGGCCGGGCUCGAGCCAGAGCCGCCAUUCCCGGCCCUUCUGGUCUGCCUGUUCUGGGCUUGGUUUUUGCCUUCACUAGCUCUCUUACUCAUAGAGUUCUGUCGAAGCUUGCUCUGAGGUUUAAGGCUACUCGUUUAAUGGCUUUCUCUGUUGGGUUCACACGUUUUAUUAUCUCAAGCCAUACUGAGACAGCCAAGGAGAUUUUGAACAGUUCUGCUUUUGCUGAUAGGCCGGUUAAAGAGUCUGCCUAUGAGCUUCUGUUCCACAGAGCAAUGGGUUUUGCUCCUUAUGGAGAUUACUGGAGGAAUUUGAGGAGAAUUUCGGCUACACAUUUGUUCUGUCCCAAGAGAAUAGCCUGUUUUGGUAACUUCAGAAAUGAAAUAGGCCUCAAAAUGGUGAACCAAAUCAAACUUUCCAUGGAGAAAAAUGGUGAAAUAGAGGUAAAAAAGACUAUUCAUUUUGGGUCCUUAAACAAUGUGAUGAUGACUGUUUUCGGAAAGUGCUAUGAAUUCAACACUAAAAAUGAUCAAGAUGGAGCAUUGCUUGAGAGUUUAGUGAGUGAAGGCUAUGAAUUGCUUGGGAAAUUCAACUGGACUGAUCAUUUUCCUCUUCUUGGCUGGCUUGAUAUACAAGGAGUGAGAAAAAGAUGCAGAAAUUUAGUGGCUAAAGUAAACAUCUUUGUAGGGAAAAUUAUCGAAGAACACAGGCUGAAGAGGACAGAAAAUGGAGAGUCAGCAGAUUCCGAUGAUUUUGUUGAUGUUUUGCUUGAUUUGGAGAAGGAAAACAUGCUGUCUGAUUCAGACAUGAUUGCUGUUCUUUGGGAAAUGAUUUUUAGAGGGACUGAUACUGUGGCCAUUCUUUUGGAAUGGAUACUGGCUAGAAUGGUUCUUCAUCCUGAUGUUCAAGCCAAGGCUCAAUUUGAACUUGACACUAUGGUUGGGACUAAUAGAACAGUGACUGAUUCUGAUCUCCCUAAACUGCCCUACCUUCUAGCCAUUGUUAAAGAAACUCUCAGGGUGCACCCUCCUGGUCCCCUCCUUUCAUGGGCCCGUCUUGCGAUUCACGAUACUCAUGUGGGACACCACUUUGUCCCGGCUGGCACUACCGCCAUGGUUAAUAUGUGGGCCAUAACGCACGACGAAAAGGUCUGGCCCGAGCCUAAUGCUUUUCGACCCGAAAGGUUUCUUGAUGAGGAUGUUGCCAUCAUGGGGUCUGAUCUGAGGUUGGCACCUUUCGGUUCCGGGAGGAGGGUUUGCCCUGGUAAGACGAUGGGCCUUGCUACAGUCCACCUUUGGCUAGCCCAAUUGCUUCAGAAGUUCCAGUGGGUGGCUUCGGAUAAUGGAGUCAAUUUAGCCGAAUGCCUCAACUUGUCAAUGGAGAUGAAGCAGCCAUUGGUAUGCAAAGCUAUUCCUAGGAUUUCUUGAAGGAAGUUUGCAAAUGUCGUCAAGUGUUUUGUUGGAUUGGAAGUGUUACAUUUCAUAUGGUGGGAUCUUUGUGCAUUAGUAGUAGCUAUUAGUAUUCUAUGAAAGACGGUUUCGCUUUACUAUAUUAAAAUUUGAAAAAAAAAAAUCCUAAAAAAGAAAAGAAAAGAAAAAUUAUGGGCCUUUGCUGUGUUAACAAGAAAAUUUAGUUUUGGUGAGUUUUUGUUUGAAUCUGUCUGAUUAGAAGUCUCAUGCUUUGUACACAGCUUUUCUUGAAUGGAAACCAGUGCGAUAUUAGAUAUAUUA